AUGGGUUUACCAAAUAUUGUUUUCAUCGAUUUUAAGCGCACAGAACGCAUUGGCUUAACGCGUACACUCCGUGAUUAUAUACAGUUUUCUUAUGCAGAGCACCCGGACGCGUACAUUGAUGAUUUCCGCGUUCUCGAUGAAUUGAGAAGUGACUGCCUGAAUUUGGAAGUGCAUUACAAUGCAUUAAACCGACUCCUCAAAUAUUACGGUCAAUUAGUGUUUAUUGGCUCAAAAUUUCCAAUAGACGUAGGCAUUGAAUUUCCUUGGUCGCUCGCAUUUUCUGAAGACAAAAAACUCAUCGCACACAGGAAUUUUUGUUAUGAAAAAGCCUGUGUACUGUUUAACAUUGGUGCUAUGUAUAGUCAACUUGGCGUCGCUGAAAAUAGAUUCUCCGCAUCCGGGGUAAAAAAAGCCAGUCAACAUUUUCAGUGUGCCGCAGGAUGUUUUAGCUACUUAAAUGAGGUCGUUGUGCCAGAAAUGAGGUCAGUACCUCCUCUUGAUAUGACAACACCCGUGCUUAAUUGUCUAGUGAAUUUAAUGUUGGCACAAGCUCAGGAAUGUUUUUGGCAAAAAGCUGUGAAUGAUAAAUUAAAAGAUGGCACUAUUGCGAAAUUGGCGGGACAGGUUGCGGACUUUUAUGAAGCAGCUCAUGAACUAAGCAACACUGAUCCAGCUAUUGUAAAGCUACUGGGGCAGGAAUUUAUCACGCAUCUCCAAGUUAAAUCCUGGCAUUUUUUUGCAGGAUCAGAAUUCCGCAAAUCUUCUGAAAAUAUUAGUCAAAAUCAAUACGGAGACGAAAUAGCAAGAUUAAAAGUUGCCGAAGGAUUGAUAAAACGCGCAUUAACACAGCAAAGGUAUCUAAGAGAUUCCGUGAUAAGUGACUUAAAGUCGCUCGAGAAACCAAUAAAUGACAAUUUAAGUCGAGCUGAAAAAGACAAUGACAUAAUCUAUCUGCAUACUAUUCCCUCAGCUUCAUCAUUGCCUUCAAUUGGGCGUGCUAAAAUGGUCAGCGCGACUUUGCCACCCGAAAUCAAAGAUCCAAUUUCCAUGAUGAAUGAAAAAUCAUUAUUGGGUGAACCAUUGUUUGUAAAACUUGUUCCUUUCGCGGUUCAUCAAGCUAUUAGUGUAUAUUCGGAUCGCAAAGAUACUUUAGUGCGAGAAGAAAUCAUUGGCAAGUUACAAGAACUGACAAGUAUUUGUAAAAGCACGCUGCAAUCUUUGAAGUUGCCGGGGUCGCUAGAAAUUCUAGAACAACCAGUUGGAUUGCCAUCAUCCUUAAUUCAAAAGUCUAAUGAAAUUAGAAAUGCUGGCGGAUUUGAAUUUUUGAAGGAAAAACUUGAGAUUUUACAAGAAUUAGAAAGCAAAGACACUGCAAUCCUAGAAGAGGCAAGAUUAUAUUCUUUAUUUUCUUGA